UAUAUGCAGUAUUUCAUUCUACCCUUUCGACAUAAAAAUGCAAAAAGCUGAGUACGCUUGGAUUCCAAAGAAAGUUGAUUAUGAGCUGAUCGAUGGGAAAAAAAAUUUCAGGUCACGACCUGUUGCAUUCUCAGAGUAUCAUCCUCUGAAACCAAUAACAGUAACUGAGUCUGCUGGAGUGAAAGCUUCCUCAAAACGACGAAAAAGUGAUGCUAGUAGCACAAAAUCUGGUGCAGAAAGUGUCAAAUCUAGUUCUGGGAGCACCAGAUCAUCAUCUAGUGCAACAAAGGAUUUUAUUGACCCAUUGUCCGCUAUGGCAAUAAUUGAUCCAUUAUCUGUAGCAACUCAAAGCACUCCCAAAAAUUCGGAACAAGUGGAAAGCUCAGAAGCAGAUAUACUUGAAGUCUCUACCAAUGAUGAAUAUGGAGAAGGUUUUGAGCAUUGGGCAUCAAAAAAAUUAUUUAUUCUGAGUAACUAUACAUUGGAUGAAAAGCUAUCAAUGCAGAUGAUUUCCAUUUCAAAGAGUGGUGACAAGGCAGUCGGUCGUUCGUUUAAUUCGUCUUCUACUACAGAAAGACUCCAAAUUCGAUUGAAUCAGCUUAAUGACAUGGAGGAAGGUAGCGUGCAGGAACUAAAAACACAAUCUCAACAAAACUUUAUAGAUCGAAUGUAUGACUUGGGAAAAAAUCUUCGACAAUCAUGGGAAUCUAAUCAGAAAGUGAAUGCCCUGAAAAUAGCAAUUCAAUGUGCAAAAAUGCUGAGCGACGUAUCGGUUAUGCAGUUCUAUCCCAGCAAAUUUGUUCUGAUUGCAGAUAUUUUACAAACCUUUGGCCAGUUGGUAUAUGGUCGUAUCCUUUCUAUGUGUGCAGGAAUGUCAGCAGAUAAAAUUGAUCUGGAUAAAGUGAGUGAUAAUGCAAAAGAGAUUUGUCUCAAUUGGAUGAUGAAGAUUGCAUCCAUUAGAGAGCUUCUUCCAAGAAUCCUUAUUGAAGCUAGUAUCCUGCCUUGCUAUAAUUUUCUAAAAAAGGAUGAAUGCAACUCGGCACUCGUUCGGCUCACUAAUAUGGCAAAAGGUGUGGGUAAUCCAUUAGUUUGUGUUUAUGUAAGAACGUAUCUAUGCAUGAUUGGUGUUAAAUAUACCCCAAAGUUCAAAGGUCACUUACUUUCCAACUUCUACUACUUUAUUUCGACAUACAAGCAAAUUCAUACCACAUCUGUGCAAAAUGAAAUUGCACAUCAGAAGUUGGACAUGUCAACAUAUCUCUCAUUAUAUAUGCCUGCGUUGGAGUGGAUUUUAUCGUGCAUUGCCCAUAAUGCUCAUGAAAGCACACUGAAAGAUGUUUUAGAAAAAUGUGCGAAAACAGGUAACAGUCUUCUUAUUUUAAGAUGCAUCCUUGCCUCUUUCAAACCUGAUUAUGUAUCUGCGAGAGCGUUAGAUUUUUCGUCUAUUAUCUCUCAGUCAGACGACAGUCUAUUCCCUAAAGAUGUUGUUUUCACCACACUCGGUAAUAGUGUGAUAGAAUGUGACCCGCCUGAGAAGGACAAGCAACCACUUCUUGCUGAUGUUUGGAAAUACAUUGUUAAACUGCAAGACCCCAGUGAAUACAUUGCAUGUGCAGCAGUUUGGACCGAAUAUGCUGUUAAAAAUUUUAAGAAAAAGGAAGUGAACACCAUCCUUGGUGACAUCUUGAAGCACAUGGUACCAGAUCGGGCAUUCGAGAAGCAUUACUCAAAGUUGCAGGAUGUUGUUAAGAGAAUUCUAACGCAUAUGAAGUCUUUUUCAGUGGUUUUUGCAAUAGAAAGGUUCCUACCUUUUCUUGACAUGUUCCAAAAAGAUGAUGUCAAGCUGGAUAUUUGUACUUGUGUUGCUGAAUUCUUCAUUAAAGGUUCUGAUCAGUCUACUUCGGAUCCUCUUGUGAUAAAUGGCAUGAUGUAUAUUUGCAGAGCAAUGCACGAUUCCAUUAAUUCCAUGAGUCUCGAAAGUGAGCGUAGAUCAGUGGGCAAUGCAAUAUGUGCCGUGAUCCAAAAAAUAACAUUUGGUAGAGAUUUUGAGCAGCAACUGAACUUUUAUGUGGAAUGUCGUGGUUCUUUUCGCAAUUUAGACUCUGUCUUGUCAGCUUUGGUGCAUCUGGUCAAUACACUUUCUACUACUUGUACUCGAAUUGUGAAGCAUAAACAUACAACUAAAACUGCAUCUUUUGUACGGGCUUGCGCCGCUUUCUGCUUCAUUACUAUUCCUUCUCUCAGUGAUGUAUAUGCAAGAUUGCAGCUGUAUUUGGUUUCUGGGCAAGCUGCUCUAAUUAGCCAUUGUGUCACUCAAGCUGAUGCUAUGUUCUGUGCUGCUGUAACUCAAAUUUUAGAUGCACCUUCGCUCAUCGCAAAUACGGAUGGAAAAAAUGUUUCAACUCAGAACAUCAUGGCAUCUUAUAUCACUAAUUUUUUGUCUACAUUAUUAACAGUACCUGAUCACCCAGAGCAAGGCAUUCUGUAUUUGUUGCGUGGGUUGAUGAAUGUUAUUUCUGCUACAGGAGCUAGUGGCGGAUUACUUAGUAUGGAAUCUAGAAUUUCUGUCUACAUCAAGGUGCUCAGUUUGCUAUCUGCUUAUAGCCAAGAUCGAUACUUAUACCGUGUUGAGUAUGUUGAUUCUAACGAACACUUGUACAGCAGUGAUGAAAAAUUUCUAGCAGAGAUUUCAUCAAUUGGGACUACAUUGUUGGACGAACUUUUUGCUUUUCUAACAGCAUCUUCUCAGUACAAGUCAAACGACAGAGCUGCAGUGGCAUCAGAGUUGUUUUCCACCAUUAUAGCUUUUGGCAAUAUUGAAGCCCCUUGCAUGCAGAAACUAGCAGUAACUACAUGGAAUCUCAUGAUCAAAACAGGAGGGAUUGAUCAUAAGCAACUGGUAAAAACCAUCAGCCACGUGAAAGGAAAAGGAGGGUCGUAUACCAAAGUUGCAAGCUCUUUAUCUCUUUCAUCUAAAGUUUAAUUAUGUCAAGGUUACUUGCGAAGGUUGUGUCCUAAUUAAUAUAUAUUUACGAAAAUGUUGAUGAAAACUAUUUCCUUCCAAAUAUGUUAUUCAUUUUGGAUUGAAUUUGUUAAAGCUAAAUUUGAAUGACUCCAAAUCAAUUACAUAUAUUCAUACAUUUCAUUUAGUUCACAUACUUGACCAUCAUUUGCAAAUUGUCUUGCUUCAUACGGAUGCAUGAAGGUUUGAGUCAGUUGUUGGGAUGUUGUGAUUAAUCAUCAAAUGCAUAAUAAUGUACAAUUAGCUUGAAAAUACUAUAUUCUGUAAACAGCCUUCUGCAAUUCUUGUGGGAUUGGUAUUACCAAAUUCAUUGGUAUUUUGUAUUUACAGUGGCCAGCGAAGGAAUUUAUUUCAACUUGUUAUAUAAAAUACUCAAUGAUGGAUACAUUAUUGUGUGCUAUGAUUCGAAAAUUCGUCCCAUAUAUUAUUGUUUGAUUCUUGUUGCUUAUGUUUUCAAUGCAGAGGUCUGAAUUUUUUAAUGUAAUUUGACCAUCAAUUUCAAACAUAAGUUUCCAUGUUAUUUUCAUUAAUAAACUAAGGUUCCAAUUUUUUUCCUAUUCUGAAUAGUCAAGUCCUUUUAUUUAGCCAUUACAUUCAUGAUUCAUUGAUCCUAUAUGAGACUAUUCUAAAGCAUGAGUGACAAUAAUUCAAUCAGUAAUCAUUAUGAUUUUUUGAUUUCAUGUCCCCAAGGACGAGAUUAUAUAUCUUUAUAUAUUCAAUGUGCAAUAAACCUCCAUUAACGACAA